AUGGAGCGGAGCGAAGAGAGGGACGUGGAGGAGACGGGAGCAUCACCGGCUCUGCGCUCUGCUCACGUUUUUGACCCCGGAGUGUCCAUCUGUUGGACCAGAGCGCCACAUCAGGUGAGGCAGUGGCCCCUGGGAGCCCACGGCCUGCUGUAUGAUCGUGGGUGGAUGGUGGUGAAUGUGAACGGAGUCUGUUUGAGCCAAAAGAGAGAACCUCGACUCUGCCUCAUCCGCCCAGAGGUGCAGCUGCAGAGAGACACGCUGCUGCUGCGGGCGCCAGGGAUGGAGAGUCUCUCAGUGCCACUGGAAGCGAAUGCCCAGAGUCAGGUGUGUCAGAGCAGAGUGUGUGGAGACAGGGUGGAGACGCAGGACUGUGGGGAGGCGGCGGCGGACUGGCUCUCUGACUUCCUGGGGCAGACGUGUCGCUUGAUCAGACUCAACUCCGGCUUCACACGAGACGCAAAGAAGAAGAAGAGGACGAAGCAGCAGGAGUCCAGCCGAGAGGACGCCGCCUCCUCUCCUCUCUCGCUGGUGAACGAAGCCCAGUACUUGAUGAUAAACAGAACCAGCGCAGAACAUAUUCACCGCAUCAUUCACAACAGAGACGACCUGACCUCAGACCAGAACCUGUUUCUCGACGUGGAUAAUGUUGUUUCCCGUUUCCGAGCAAAUCUGGUGGUGUCUGCGGCGACGGCGUUCAAGGAGGACGAGUGGUCUCAGCUGACGAUCACCAACACUGUCUUCACGGUGACGGGGAAGUGCAGCCGCUGUCACAUGGUCGGAAUAAACCAGGAAACUGGAGACAGAACCAUGGAGCCUCUGAGGACUCUGUCUGUGUACAGGGACCAGGGGAAGGUGACGUUUGGGGUGUACCUCUCCCACCAGCUCCCUCAGGACUCCAGCCGGACCACAGUCCUCAGAGUGGGCUCCCGUGUCCAGCCUCAGACCAUCUCCAGUCCUGGCCCAGACCCUGUUUAG